AUGUAUGCUGUGCAUCUUAGCUACGGGAAUACUAUCCUGUGUAAGUCCAUCAAGGCAUCCACCAUUGAGCAGUACCUCAUUGCGGUGUCAUCACUUAUCAAGGGAUUCACUGAGGAGGACUUUCGCAAGGAUGACAGCUCUGACAGGAACCUUGGCAGUCUCCUGUCUGGUGUUUUGAAGGACAUCAAACGAUAUGAGAACAUGGCUGACCGGCGUGAGCCGUAUGACCACAAGAUGCAUGCAAUGGCACGUCGUGCAGCAUCCAAAUUUCCGCACACCAGUGUGGUAUGCACCCUAGUGGAUGGUUUCGAGCAAGGGAUGUGCGCGGGCUACCGGCUUACUGAAUGGGCCCAGCCUGCAGGACGUACCUGUGUUUCUCGACCCCACCUCAAUGGCCGCUCGGCACCUGAGUGCCGAACGCGUGCUAUUGUACCUGUUGAUGUUCGAGCUGUGUCAGUGGAUGGACAACGUCUAGUUGGCUUGGCCAUUAUCAUGCUGUCUCUCUGCAAUGUUUUGAAAAUGUACAUCAAGUUUCGAACCCAAAAAAAUGGGAACCAUGGCGAGGAAAAACUCUUCGAACGGAACCCCACCCCUGGUGGUUUCUGUUUCGUCUCCUCCACCUACCGGUCCCUGGUGCGCUUUGCACAGAUCCAGCUGAUGUACCCUGGUAUAUCCCCUAGUGUCACCCCUUUGUCUAUCUACUGGGACCCCAAGGGAAAGGUCCCCAAGCUGGUGGAUGCUACGUCCAUUGAGAAAUUCAUGCGACGACUGGCUUCUACUGUCUACAAUUUGCACCCAGUGCAUGACUCUAAAGACAUUGCCAAAUGGAGUUCACACUCCCUACGUGUUGGUGCAUGUGUGGUCCUCCAUGUCAUGGGUUUUUCUGACCGUGAUAUCCAGUGGAUACUACGCUGGAAGUCUAUGACGUUCAUAACCUAUUUCCGCAACGUCGCGUUACUCUCUAGGCGCCAGAAUGCCGCCUUUGACCGACUACAGGCUCUGCCGUGGUUGUAA